AUAAAUUAUUUCCGCUCCUUAUUUAAAAGAUUAGACGCUAAAUCUAUUUCCAUUCUGUACAUAGAGUGAAACAAAUGUCGAAUCGAAGUGUUCCAUCUUGGAAUUCAAGAAUUAAGAAAGACAACAAGGUUCAACAGUAAUAUCUGGAUGUUAUACUCAUUUGUCUCUUGUUGUAAAUCGUGAGUUUGAAAGAAUGGAAUUUGCACAUGGAGCGUUUGCACUCAUUCUCCAGGCACCAACUCAACAAAAGCCAUGGCGGCCAUGUUGGUGUUCCAGACAAAGGAGUCUAAUUAAAAUUCUUUUGAAUUGGAACACCAACAUGCAUGGCGGCUGUGACGUCAUGUGCAAACGCUCUUAAAGGUCCAGACACACCGGACGCGAUUCGACAACGCGACGCGAUUUUUUAGUUUUUGAAAGUUAAUAAAACAGCCAAUGAGAGCAAAUUUUAAAAGAUAUUUCGCCCAAAUAACUCAAAAUGUUAUAACGCUUCUAAAUAUUUGGAAAAUUUAGACUAGGAUCAAAGUUAUUGAGUAAUUUUAAAAAGAACAAAACAAUAGACACUCCGAAAAUAGUUAACAUUUUAUUCAACGUUUCGACUAGGUUUCAGUCAUCAUCAGGAAUGACGCUAUUGAAAAAUACUGAGAUAUAUAUUUACAAGUUAAGCGGAUCAAAUUACGCGCUAAUUAAAUAUCACAAGUUCCUUAGAGGCUUAGAACAUAUUAUGUCAUGUGAACACUUCCAAUAUUAUCAGACUCUACUAAACCUACCCAACACACUACUUGCUCAAUUUGAUCCACAUACCACAGAAGCCAUCAUAUACCAAAACUGUGUUAUUUUAGAUAAAUCUAGACAUUGGUCAUUAUUGUUAUAUAAGGAGUCCUUACUUAUACAUCGCCAAAAACCGGAACUUAAUCACGGAACUAGAGCCUCUAAGGAACUUGUGAUAUUUAAUUAGCGCGUAAUUUGAUCCGCUUAACUUGUAAAUAUAUAUCUCAGUAUUUUUCAAUAGCGUCAUUCCUGAUGAUGACUGAAACCUAGUCGAAACGUUGAAUAAAAUGUUAACUAUUUUCGGAGUGUCUAUUGUUUUGUUCUUAUCAAAGUUAUCGGUCAGUGAAAAUCGAAAAAUCGCGUCGCGUUGUCGAAUCGCGUCCGGUGUGUCUGGACCUUAAUUGUUACUGCGUUUUCUAGACUCGGCUUUUCUUUUGAUGCAUGUGAACGAAUAGAUGAGUUAUGAAUGCUCUGACUAUAUGUGUACCCUCACAUGAAAAUUCAUAGCUCUUCCACUCGUUCAAAUCAUCAGAAGAAGAAAAUCGCGGCAAAAGUCGCAAGUGUAAACGGGCCUCGAGUCCCGACUGUGCAUUCAAAUUGACGCGUUCUGUGUCGGGAUAAAGCCCUGGUUUCCACAUGGUCGUAACGGUCGUAAAGACAGACGGAGUCAUGCAUGAUCUUUCUUAACUGCCCGAGAUUUGAAUAGUUUCUGCCUGUAAACCACAUAUAAAUAUAAGUAUUCGCUAUUUAUAUCUGCCUAUUAUCAUGAGUGUUAAACUGUUGUAUUUCAGCUGUUGAGAAAGAUCGUGACUCAAUCUUUACGACCGUUACGACCAUAUGGAAACAUGCAGUCUUUAAUUACGUUUGAAUCAUUAACAUGUAGCUGACGCUGGGUGCAUUAAAUAUAUGCAUGUCAAAGUCUUGAUCUGUUCAAUCGUUAUUUGUGUUUCACUUAUAUAUAGUCACAAUGGAAUGGUUUAUAAAUGUAGCCAUUCAGCUAGUUCAUUGUUAUUGCUGUCACUCGGAGGUGUUGUCGAUCCAUUCAAUGACAUGACUGCUCUAGCAAUCCCAUUGGCCUGAUUCAGCCAGAAUGGCGAUACGUCCUGUGGUUGUUCGUCAAACGAGUAGGUUCUAAGGGGUGUGUGUUGUUCAUUGUGGUGGUAUGUUUGUGCUUGGUGAAAUCCAGAUUGAUUGUCUGACCAUGCGGGGUACUGACCAGUUAAGUUUUCGUCAUUGGUUAGAUCGGCUCCGAAGAAUACUUCAUCAUCACUCAAUGUAGGCGAGGUUAUUCCCUAGAGAAGAGAGUGACACAUUUAGGGCCAUAUACGCUAUACGCAGCGGUUGGGCAGCAGGGGCAACUGCCCCACCCCCCAGAGAGAAUUUAACUUACAAGUUUAUAAUAUUACUAUAAUUAUUAACUAAAGCCAAAUGGCGCUUAUAUAAUCUUGCGAAUCAGAAUGUAUGAUUCUGUAUAUGGGACAGCCAUAAGCAUGCAUCUAACUGAUAUGGCUUUGAAUGCAUUGACAUUUGGGUAGUUAUUUCAACAUACAGUAUAUGUAUUACUGACACUGCAAUCUUGAGAUUAAAAUCUAAAUUUUCAGGCUUUUAUUUUCUUAUGCAGUCGCAUAAGAUUUGAUCAAAAUUUUGCCAAGAACUAAAUAAAGUUUUAUCCAUUCAUAGAACUUGCUUAAUCAAAACUUUGCUCAGGUCAUUAUAUGCAUGCAUGUCCUAAAAAAGUUUAGUCCAUACAUUGUAUCUCAGUUGGGUUUUCACUAGAUGUUUUCAUUUUUCAGAUUUUGUUUUAUAUUUCAUUUUCUUGAACAUUGAUGACAAAUUAAUUGUUUAUAUAUGAUUUCCGUUUUUAUGUCAUGGGCAUAUAGAAUAAAGAUCCACAUAGAAGGGCAACUUACGUCUGAAGCUUUGAAGUUUUUGUCCUCGCGCAUGUCGCAUUACGCAUGUUGGCCGCCAUUUUCCUAGCCAGUCAAUGACAUUUUCUGGCCAAUAAACACGCUGUACUAGCUGGCUGGCUGCUCCGCCUUCUGGCCAGUAAACUGCAUAUUUUUGCAUAAAAAAACGAGGACACGUUGCACCGCUGAGUUGCCCUUCUGUUACUGAUCUUUAUUCUGUGGUCAUGGGAUUUAAACGUUCUUGUGGGAUUUAAACGUUCGCCAUGGACGCGCAAAUGAUGAAUCGUGUACUCAAAUCACAAGCCCUCUAGCUGUUAUUGUUAAAGGCUGCGUGUGCGUUUCAUACAUGCAUAUACACACGGAAAAGUUUAAAUCUUUCUAAAUUCUAUAUAUAAGUACUAUAAUUACCUCAACAAGUAUACAAAUUAAAUCGCACGCACAAUUAAAUGCUGUGCUUUUGUUCAAUAUGUAUAGAAACUUUAAAUGGAUUGAAUUUUUCUAUGCGUGCACGCACGUAUAAACGCUUAAAUGGAAGCCCUAAUUUAAGCAGGUUAACUUUACAGUAUCAAAGUUGUUUAACCAAAGUUAAAUUUAAUCAUAGUUUGUAUAUGAAUAAUAAUCAGGAUUUGGGGCAUCUCAUUCGAUAGAACUAAUUUUUGAAUUGUUUUAUAAUGCGGAUAAUAUAGCCAUGCAAACUUCGCAUGGCUAUAUUAUCCGCAUUUUACAACAAUUCGCAACGAAACUUUGGAAUAUUACCAAUUUUGUGAUGCUCUUUCAAGCUGUGAUGAAAUUUUUGUCUAGAUCAAAAUUUAGUCUAUAAUGCAAAUGGUCCAUUGUUAAGUCUAAAAAACUAUCAAAGUUUCUGUGAUCACAGUAGAAAUUUUGCUGAGGUAAAUUCUAAGUUUUGAAGGAUUUGUAAGAAAUUUUUGAGGAAACUGACUUCGUGUUAAACACUGAGUCAGUUCUCUCAAACAUAUCUUACAAAUUCUUCAAAACUUAGAAUUUACCUAUGCAACAUUCCUACUGUGGUCACAGAAACUUUGAUAGUGUAAACCAUGCAGCCUUAAUAAACGUAUAAAAUUUACACUCGAACAUUUACAAAAUGUUCGUAAAAUGUUCUUCCUAAAAAACGUGAUCGCGCAUUAUGGCGUCGUUAUAUAGAGCUAUAUUUAGCCUAUUUAUACUACUCUAUUUUUUAAUCUCUCGGGUUACAAAUUGGCUUUCAGAAUGUUUCUACAAACUUUCAAACGGCGAAAGAUGAUGUUUGAUAUUUUGAGGAGUUUAUCGAAGUUUGUGUGAUCAUAUUCGCGUAAUCAAAAAUUGACGUGAGCGAAGUUGUUCCUUAGUGUUGAAGCACACUUUGAUAGUGUAGAACGUAUAACAAGUACUUUGGCUUACCAGUUGCGAUUGUUGAUCAUCAAAUGGAAACGCACUCGCUUCGUCCAGUCGUACAGAGAACAUUUCACUCGAUGACCUUAAGCUUUCAGUUUCGCUUCCUUCUGUGCUUAACAUAAAAGCUGAUUCGUUUUCCAAUCGCGGCGUUCUCAGAAGCGUCGCUGCUUCACUCUGCGACACCAUUUUCGUCAAAAUCUGUAUGUAAUCAAUGGCGAACUUUAGCACAUCAAGCUUUGUGCGUAUCCGCCCCGAAUCACAAUACGGAAUAUGUGUCUUCAGAAUCUCAAAAGCUUCGUUGAUCUUUCUUACGCGUUCUCGCUCACAUUUGUUUGCAAGAAGGCGCUUAAUGGUCGGUUUAUUCUUCACCCGUCUUCUUUGUGUCGUUUGGUUUUCCAUUGUGUUUUCACGCUCAGAAAGUUCUUGGCAGGUUUAAUAUUCUGGCUUCGGGCAGUUGCACAGUACUGAAAUAUUCUUUGCGAGGAAGUACAUUUAAGAGAUCAUCAGACCCACAAGCUCGUUUUAUGAUUGGUUAAACACCUACGUAAACUUGACCUAGCAUUCAAGUGUCCAUGCACGUUGUUUUGUCGAUUGUUUAACCAAAACAUUUCUGAUUGUUUUGGAGUUGUGCAACGAUAAUGUUGAAAAACAAUUCAACAGAUUGAUGUAUUGCUGUUUAAAGGUCGAGGGAUAUUUCUAAUGUAUACACAAUUAUAUAACCAAAUAUUUUCUAUAAUCAACUCAAUUUGGGUGUGUAAAUAUGUAUACAACUGUAGAGGGCACGUGGAAACUGUACUCCUCCACCAGCGAUUAAUUCGUUAUGAUAAUAAGUUUUGUAUCAUUAUGCUAUGGGAUAAUCCUGCAUUUACUCUGCCCAGCAACGCAAGAGAAACUUUUGCUCAUUCCUCAUUUGAUUUUCAUCCAAAUUUAACCACAAUUUAGAAAAUUUGCAUGUCCUUGGGCGAUCUCCAUUAGUCUCACAGAUUUACCAGUUUUAUACACAACAUACAAACCAGGUAAACACGUUAAUGUUAAUGGGUGUUUGGUCAUUAAGAAGUUUCACCCUUAGGCACAAGAUCAUAUGUCCCUGAUUUUUUUACAUCAAAUAAAUUAGUAUCGAUAUAAAAACCUUUAAAAUGCGACUAACCCCAAAUAUGAUUUUUUGUAUCUGUAAUAUUUGGGUCGUUCGAAGAGGAAAUGUAAUAUAUCGUUAUAAUAAAAAAUCCCAUCUUGAUCAACUUUUUCACUGUCACAAUUUCUGGAUAUGAUGUCAUUAGGUGAAUUGCAAAUUAGUUUACCUAAUCAUAUCCUAUAUGAUGACAUCAUAUCCGUGAUUGCUUUAUUUAUCAACAAUAGUCAAUUGAACAAGAAAAAUUUAUAAAAUACUUAGGAUUUUUUCCUUGACUCAAACUUACGUUGGAAAAGUCACAUUAUUCAUAUGUCAAACAAAAUCAAACGUUGCAUUGAUAUGAUCUCAAAAGUUCGCAAUUUCGUGGGUUUACAUAUACUUAAACAAUUAUACCAUGCCCUCAUUUAUCCGUAUUUGACGUACGCUUUACCUGUUUGGGGGUGGUACAUAUCAAUCUAAUCUUGAUACCUUAAUAAGGUUACAGGAAAAGGCCGUCAGAAUUGACUUUCUCUAUAGUUUUAGGGCACACUCAACCCCUCUUUUCAAACAUUGCGACAUACUUAAAUUUGUCGAUUUAAUAUACUAUCAAAAUGCUCUAUUCAUGUUUGACUUCCACGUGGGUAAAUAGGUAAUUUACCCGCUGUCUUUUGAUAGUUUUUUUCAAAUUGUUUCUGAGGUACAUAAUUAUAAUACUAGGUCUUAAUUCUUCUACAAAAUUCUUUUUUGGUUUAAUAUGCGCUACUGUUGUAUAAUUUAAUCUGGAAUUCCAUUGAUAGUAAAUUGAAAUCUCUAAGUAAACAUAAUUUCCUCCAUAGAGUUAAGACCAGACAAUGUCUUGUUUGAUAUUUUGUUUUAGAUUUCUUUUUAGCGUAGAUGGAUUAAGCAUUUCCAGCAGAUAGUCUCCAGUAGUAUAGACAGGUUGGGGUGAUGAUGGGACGCUGAGGGUUGUUGAUCGUUGUCAGAUGUAGGACCAGAUGAGAAUUGGUUCUUGCCCUAUUAUCUACUUUAUGUUUAGCAGGAGCUUGGGUUUUCACGGAAAUGGUCGAGUUCGUUUGGUGCAUUACAAUGUGGAUUUACGUGCAUUUGAAAGGAACAUGUUUAUUGUCUUUUUUUAUUCUCUUUUUAUUUAAAAAACAACUUUAAAGUAACUUAUUUUCCAGUUUUCCGUUUCGUUUCGUUUUCGAGAUAUUUCAGUUACUUUGAUAAAUGUGUCAAGGAUCUAUAAUGAGUUUGCUGAAAAUGUUAUAUAUUCUUGUGAUUAUAUAUGAAAUGAAAUUCCAGGUAUCCAGGUAUUUGAUGUUGCAGAACAACACAAAUGCUCACUAUACUGCUGGAACACGUGAUUUUGUUUGACAAUAGCAAGGAUAUAUACAACUUAAUCUGAUAGCUCAUUAUGCAUAUUUGUGACGCAGAACCCUGACACGUAUAUCAAACAAACUGAAAUAUCUCGAAUAUGAAGUAACGGAGCGAAAAACUGCAAAAAAAAUACUCUAUGUACUAUUUAAAACACGAGUAUAGGAGUGUUUUAUCAGAUAUAAAACGCGAGGCGCAGCCGAGCGUUUUAUAUCUGAUAAAACACGACAACGAGUGUUUGAAUAGCUUAAAAUACGACUACAAAAGAAUAUACUAAUUAGGAUGAACAAUUAUAUAAUCAUACUAAUUAGGAUGAACAAUUAUGUAAAGAACACUAAUGAAGAUGAGUUUUAUCAGAUAUAAAGUCACUUCACGUGACAUAUUAUGGCUGACAUGAUUUGCCAUGAAUUUUUAAUGAGUAUUUUAAUUUUUUUUAUAGUUCUUUUAAAUAAGACGAUAAAAAUUUUUGUUUCAUAUGCACUUUAACUCAAAAUCAAUUAAUAAAUCAGUGUUUUAUUUUAUUUCCACCAUUGCAGUGACAUGAUCCAUGCAGAGAUUGGAAUGGAACCACCACAUUCAACUAAGAUACCCACUCCACCUUCAUCGAGGCCUUCCUCGUUACGGAGACCUCGUACGAGAUAUGUGAACAAGAUCUUGAAUCAAAAUGUAAACGAAAGUCCUAUCUCUACCAUUGAGAAAACUGAAAAUGACCAUGAAAUCAAUUUACAAAAGUAUAAAAUAUUACCGGCCAUUGGCUCGUGCAGUGAUCUAAGAAAUGAACUCGCUAAGAGUGACAAUAGAAAGUUUGAAAAACCAACUGUCAAUGAUAAAAAGUCCAAGAACUAUUCUAAUAGAUCUCGUGGAAAGGAAGAUUCUGGGAAAUUGGGUAAAAAUGUACUCGAUAAUCAGGAUAACCAAAUUUCUGCGAGUCGUGGAGAUAUUUCAUCAGGGUGUAGUGUUGAUGAUGAACAGAUAGAAAUUGCUAUAAAGUUACCAGACGGCAGCCGACAUGAAAAUUGUUUCAGUAGUUUCAGUACAUUCACGGAUUUACUUCUAUAUCUAAUGAAUAGUUCUAUAAGCGAUGAGGUAAUUCCUAGAAAGUGUGAGUUUGUAACUUCUGAAGUGCCACGGCAGGUUUUCUCCGAUCUUAACGUUACAUUGCAUCAGGCAAAAAUAAAGACAAGAACAUUGCUUUAUCUUAGAGAAGUCGAUCCAGAAUAAUUAUAUAAUAAUGUAUAUAUUAAUACAAAUUAGCCGUUUAUUUGAAAUGUUGGCGGCAUUAUAGUUGAAUGCAAGGCAGUUAUUUAUUGAGUUCUUUUUCAAAAUUGUGCAGACAUAAUCUGUCAAGGUAUAAUGGUCUGGAAAUCUGGCAAACCUUUGUUUUGAUAUUUAAACUGUACCUCACAAAUCAAUCAAUCAAUCAAUCAAAUUUAUUUACCCACGGUACUAUUUCACAAAGACAAAAACUAAAAUAUUUGCAAGAUGUGAUCUUCCAAUAGGCCGUGCUAUAUAUGUAUGAAUAAUUACAUGCAAUUAUAAAAAUAUUUUAUUAAGUUAAUACAAUAAAAUCGAAGAGAAAAAGAAAAAAAGAUUAAUUGAUU